AUGCACAAGCAUUCGCGGUGACACUUUCAUUUUAAAAACAAGUGUCAAAUAGGACGUGUUUAUCAUGACCAUAAUAACUAUAGAUCAAUUAAAAAACCACGAAGGAGCCACCUCAGUACGUAAAAGAAAGAAUGUAUCUAUAAAAAAACUUUGCAAUGAAAAAACACUCAAGAAACGCGUGCCGAUAUUGGAAUGGCUACCGAAGUAUAAUUUAGUUUUCUUCUUGCAAGAUAUUAUAGCCGGCGUAACAGUGGCCUUAACAGCUAUACCACAAGGAAUUGCUUAUGCGGUCAUCGCUGGACUUCCCCCCGAAUAUGGACUUUACGGGUCGUUGGCGGAUGGCUUCGUCUACUUAAUAUUUGGAAGCUCUAAGGAUAUCACAGUGGGCCCUACAGCUGUCUUGUCAUCAUUAGUAGCAAAAUACACCGGAUACUCCAAGGAUUUCGCUGUUCUAUCCGCAUUUUUAUCAGGCAUUGUGAUAUUGUUGAUGGGUAUAUUCCAUCUUGGAUUUCUGGUUAAUUUCAUAUCGACACCUGUUAUUAAUGGAUUUACUACGGCUGCUGCGCUCCAGAUUGCUGCUGCACAAUUGAAAGCGUUUUUCGGAUUGCAAGGCAGCUCAGGACUUUUCUUUGCUGAAUCAAUAACCAACUUCGUUAAUAACAUAAAAACUGCAAAACUCUGGGAUCCGAUACUAGCGAUAUUGACCGUAAUCAUGCUCUGCUUAUUGAAGCGUCUAGGAAAAGGCUGCAGCCGCACUGAUGGCUGCUCUAAACAACUGAGAUGGUUUAUAUCAAUGGGUCGGAAUGCUGUUGUCGUCAUCUUUGGAAUGUUUGUAGCUUAUAUUUUGAAAAUUACUACAAAUAGUGAACCACUGAAACUCAUCAGAGACAUUGGCAGCGGUUUGCCUACAGUUGGCCCUCCACCAUUUAGUUCCACUUCUGGUAAUACCACUUACAGUUUUACGGAUAUGUUAGAAGUAUUUGGUCCAAAAUCUUUAGUUCUACCACUAGUAGCAAUCCUUGAAUCUGUAGCCAUAGCGAAGGCUUUUGCCGUUGGAGGCAGAGUUGAUGCGACACAAGAAAUGAUUGCCGUUGGACUUUGCAACAUUGUGGGCUCAUUUUUCAAAAGUAUGCCCGUCACCGGAUCUUUCACGAGAACUGCUUUGAACAAUGCAUCGGGGGUGCAGACACCGGCUGGCAGUAUAUGGAAAAGUUUGAUUAUUGUAGCAGCUCUCUCAUUUUUAACGUCAACGUUCUAUUAUAUACCUAACGCAUCAUUGGCUGGUUUGAUAAUCACAGCUAUGUAUAAUAUGGUAGAUUAUGAAAUCUUUGGCAGGUUUUGGAGAAAUAGUAAAUUAGAAUUAAUGGUUAUGCUUGUGACGAUGUCUGUUUCUUUAUUUCUUGGUCUGGAAUACGGUGUUGUUGCUGGGGUUGCAUUUGAAUGUGUAAUAUUGCUAUAUGGCGCGUCAAAACCAAAAGUUGUAGUGAAUACAGUGAAAUGUGAUAGAAGUGACGUUAUAAAUCUAAUAUUAGGGAACAGUUUGUCUUAUUGUGCUGCGGAGCAUGUGCGAAAAGCUAUUCUCAAAGCAACAGAAUAUGCUGUUCCUGAUUCUGUUUUAGUAAUAGACGGUAGCAAUCUCCAAAGAAUGGAUUCUACUGUUGCAUCAAAUAUCAUGCAUUUAAUUAAAGAUUUUGAUAAAACUUCAAGGAAAGUAGUAUUCCUUAAUUUCAAACAAAGGUUAAUGAAGAUGUGUAUCGAUAUUUAUCCAAAAGCGGAAAACAAAUUUGUUUACUCCACUAAACCAGUAGAUUUGGUAGAACUGUUAAUAAAAACUUCGUGAUAAUUCUUUUUAGUUAAUUAUUUGAUAGUAUAUUUUGG